AUGUCUUCUUUUGAAAUGCUUGGAGUGUUUACUCCUAGCCAAAAAGCUCUUAUUCGAGGUUGGUGGAAAAAAGUUACUGCUGCUCAUCCUUCAGCACGGAAGUUUAAAGAGAUGAGAGUUCCCGUUGUUGAGAAAGGUGUAUUUGGUAUCCCAUUAACAGACUCUAUCAACUAUGCUAGCUCGAGUAUUUCUUAUAUUGACGACUUAACAGGUGGACAGUGCUUUGGUGUUAUUCCUACUGUCGUUGCAAAAUGUGGAGCAUUUUUAAAAGAAGAAGCCAUGACUACGGAAGGUAUUUUUCGUGUUUCUGGAAGCACGCGAAGAAUAAAAAUGCUUCAAUCAAUAUUUGAUACACCAGACAAUUAUGGCGCACAAUUGGAUUGGAGAGGGUACACAGUGCACGAUGCAGCCAACGUCAUGAAGCGGUUCUUGAACUUUUUACCCGAGCCUGUGAUCACAUUGAAUUGUUACAGAAAGAUGAAAACAACAACACUGGCGAGCUACUCGAACUUGGACCAAAAGAUACAAGACAUACAGCGAAUCAUAGAAUGCCUCCCUGUGGCACAUCAGUACCUACUCUUGUAUCUAUUAGACAUGUUGGGUAUGUUUACGACAACACAGGAAUAUACACGCAUGGAUACAGCGUGUCUAGCGUCAGUCUUUGCGCCUGGAAUACUAUCGCAUCCUGACGAUGCAAUGAAUCCUACUGAAUAUUUAAAAUCUCAAAAAGCUCUGUUAUUCUUAAUUGAAUUCCAAGAACGGUUCUCAAUGCCAAGAGCUGUUGAUGUGAAAUCAGGACCUGUUGUCUCACGAGACAAUGUGACACAAAACAAAAACCUAAACAGGCCAAGUAGCAAUUCAAAAUUACAUAGAGCGCCUACCAUUUAUUCUUGUACUGCAGGGUCUUAUUCUGGCUCUGGCAUUGAGUCGAUUCACAUAACAACAGAUCAACAGGGCAGUCUGCCACCUUUCGCUUCGAAUUUACGCAGAAGCAAGACAGCACCUACUGGUUGGCGCAACAGAUAUUAUGGUUCCCAUGAACCUCAACAAACUGUACAUCUAAAUAGAGCCUCAAGUCAGCGCAGAAUAUAA